CGUGCGUACAGAAGCAGGAAGCGGCAAUCUCCGACUCCUGUGUGUUUGUGUAUUACUCAUGCUGUGUAUUUGUGUACAGUAAGCGCGUGCACAUCACUAAACCUGUAUCCCGGAGACACCAGUCUGCUGUAUCCUCUGCAUAGCUGAGUGCAAGUCCAACGGUUUCAUCCCAAAUCCUCUAUAUAUCCAGGUGAAAAUGAGUGAUUCUUGGCAAGAAUGUAUGGACUUUGCAGUUAUAAUAGCAAGAAAAGCUGGAUCGGUGAUCUGCUCAGCGCUGAAGGAGGAAGUGUCCAUAAUGCUUAAGAGUUCCCCUGCAGAUCUGGUGACAGAGACAGAUCAGAAAGUAGAAGAAAUGAUAAUCUCUUCAAUCAAAGAGAAAUUUCCAUCCCAUAGCUUUAUUGGAGAGGAAUCUGUGGCAGCAGGUAAAGAAAGUAUCCUGACAGAUAACCCAACUUGGAUCAUAGAUCCCAUUGAUGGGACAACUAAUUUUGUUCACAGGUUUCCUUUUGUGGCUGUUUCCAUAGGAUUUGCAGUAAAUAAAAAGAUUGAAUUUGGAGUUGUUUAUAGCUGCGUAGAAGACAAAAUGUAUACGGCCAAAAAGGGUAAAGGGGCAUUUUGCAAUGGUCAGAAAUUGCAUGUUUCUGACCAAAAAGAUAUAACCAAAUCCAUGAUUAUAACUGAAUUGGGGUCAAAUCGUAACCCAGAGGUUAUAAAAAUUGUUCUUUCCAAUAUGGGGAAACUUUUGUGCAUUCCAAUUCAUGGGAUCCGAGCAGUGGGAACUGCCGCUGUAAACAUGUGUCUUGUGGCUACUGGAGGAGCUGAUGCUUAUUAUGAGAUGGGGAUUCAUUGCUGGGAUAUGGCAGCUGCCUCUGUUAUUGUUACAGAAGCAGGAGGAGUUGUAUUAGAUGCAACAGGAGGGCCUUUUGAUUUAAUGUCAUGUAGAAUAAUAGCAGCAAGUAGCAAAGAAAUAGGAGAGAGAAUAUCCAAAGAGCUUCAGAUUAUACCUGUAGAACGGGAUGAUGGCAAGAAGAUGAAGUAACUGUAUUCUGCGCAUUACACAACUUCUAGUAUAAGCCAUUGUUAUUUAUGAUGCAAUGUACAGAUGGGUUACGGUUUGUCACACUGUAUGUUUUAGCUUUAUCUGUUAUGGGGGAAAUAUUCAUGCUUCAGAUAUUUUAAGUAAAUUUGAAAACAAAAACUUGACAA